UGUGAGUGUGAUUGCAUGCUCAUUAUAUUUGCAUACUUAUAUUUAAAAUUUAUCCCAGCUACUGGCAGGUCGAUCGAGCAAACCUACUGGCAUGCCCCAGCCACAGGGAGGGCGAUCGCCCCCAAGUACUGAAAGGGCGAUCGCCCCGAGCUACCGUCAGGGCGAUCGCCCCCAACUACUAGCAGGGCGAUCGCCCCCAACUAUCAGCAGGGUGAUCGCCCCUAAGUACUGACAGGGCGAUCGCCCCCAAGUACUGACAGGGCGAUCGCCCCCAACUACAGGCAGGGCGACCACCCAAAGCUACCAACAGGGCGAUCGCCCCGGACUACAGGCAGGGCGAUCGCCCCCAAGUAUCCUUCACUUUUGUGAAAUCAAGACGACACGACUGGACAAUUCAGACUUUGUACGGGGCAAUCGCCCCCACAAGUCACUAUUCCCAGGACUUGAGUGUCUUGAAAAGUUGCAUUCUAAUCCAAUAUGGCUUGAUUUUCAAAAAAUUUCGCACUGCGUUUUCUGAUUAUCAAGUCGAAAAAAAAGGAAUAAAAUGGAUUUUCCUUUAUUAUUUUGGAUUCUGUUCAUAACCUUCUUGUCCAGGUGAGGAGGAAGCUGUAAACCCGAAAUGUGUCGGCACCAAGGUUGCAGCGCACUACGUCCUGAAGGUCAAGCCUGGAAAACAGGCCUCCGUCUGCUGCAGGCUCUACCGGGCCGACGAGGCCGACGACGACGUGCCCCUGUUCGGCGUGGCUGGGUUUGAGACUAUACUUCAGCAGAGGAAAGAAGAGGCUGAGAGCUUUUACAAGACAAUGUGCUCCAAGCUGAAUUCUCAACAGUAUCUGGUGGCUAAACAGGCAUAUGCAGGAUUGCUGUGGAGUAAACAGUUCUAUCACUAUGUUGUCAAGGACUGGUUGCAAGGUGACCCUGAACAGCCGGCGCCGCCUCAGUCCCGUAAAGACGGGAGGAACCACGACUGGAGACACCUGUUCAACAGGGACGUCAUCUCCAUGCCUGACAAGUGGGAGUACCCCUGGUAUGCCUCCUGGGACCUCGCCUUCCACAUGGUGGCGUUUGUGAAGAUUGAUCCGGAAUUUGCCAAGAACCAGCUGCUGUUGUUCCUCAGGGAGUGGUACAUGCACCCAAACGGACAGAUCCCUGCCUAUGAGUUUGCCUUCGGCGAUGUGAACCCACCGGUGCAUGCCUGGGCCGUGCGGAGGGUAUUCAAGAUGACGGGCAAGCGAGGGUACCGCGACCGGCUUUUCCUCGCAAGAUGCUUCCAGAAACUGGUCUUGAACUUCACCUGGUGGGUGAACAGAAAGGACCCAGAUGGGAAGAACUUGUUUGCUGGGGGCUUCCUUGGGCUAGAUAACAUUGGGGUGUUUGACAGAUCCAAGCCCCUCCCAAAGGGUGGUCAGUUGUACCAGGCGGACGGCACUGCCUGGAUGGCCUUCUUCUGUGCGGAAAUGCUGGACAUGGCCCUGGAACUGGCCCUGACUGACCCUACGUACGAGGACAUGGCCAGCAAGUUCUUUGAGCACUUUGUGGCCAUCGCAGAUGCCAUGAACCAAGCUGGCAGUGGGUUGGGACUGUGGGACGAGGAGGAUGGCUUCUACUACGACCAGCUGACGAUUGACGGUGUGACCACGCCCAUGCGUAUCCGGUCCAUGGUGGGGCUGGUGCCCCUGUUUGCCUGCCUGGUGCUGAACAGCAGCCGGCUGGAGAAGCUGCAAGGGUUCACCAAGAGGCUCAACUGGUUCAUCAAGAACCGGGCAGACGUGGCGCAGAAUAUAUCGUACAUGGAGAUGUCUGAGGACUGUGUAGGGGACCCUGCUGUUGAGAAGCUCCUGGCUAUACCCAAGAGAGAUCAGCUGGAGAGGGUGCUGAGGUACAUGUUGGAUGAGGAGGAGUUCCUGUCACCCUACGGCAUCCGCUCUUUGUCAAAGGUUCACCAGGACAAGCCCUUUGUUCUGAAGAUGGACAGUCACGAACACCGUGUGGAGUACACACCAGGAGAGUCCAACACAUACCUGUUUGGGGGGAACAGCAACUGGAGGGGACCUAUAUGGCUUCCAGUAAACUACCUGAUUAUUGAGAGUCUGGAGAGGUAUGACUACUUCUAUGGAGAGUCGCUGAAGGUGGAGUGUCCGACCGGCUCGGGGAACGUCAUGCGCCUGAAGAGCGUUGCCCAGGAGCUGGCACGGCGUCUGUCACGACUUUUCGUCCCCGACAAGACUGGGAGACGUCCCUGUCAUGGCGAGAGUGAAAGGUACAGAACAGACCCCAACUGGAAGGACCUAGUGCUGUUCUAUGAGUACUUCCAUGGAGACACAGGCAGGGGAUGUGGAGCAAGUCACCAGACAGGUUGGACUGCUCUAGUGGCCAACUGUCUGGAUCGACUGACUCACUAAAAAGGUGCUGCUAUAACCUUCACAAGACGGACAGGACUACUAUACAUGCAUACAGCUAACGCUAGUUCACCUUUAUCCGCGGGUUAACCUAUAUCCGUUGUUUGUCGAAAAAGAAGGUAUUUGGGGAUAGCAAGUUGACAGAUGGUGGUUUCAAACGUAUAUUGAAUAUCUUGCAAUUAGAAACGUCCGUUUACUUGCUACUGUAUCCCUAAUUACCUUGUUUUUUAAACAACGAAUAUUGGUUACUCCACGGAUAAAGGUGAACCAGCGUUAUACAGUCAAAAUAAUUGUAACCAACUGAUUCUCUGAAACUGAAUUUUCUUUCUUAAUGAGUGAUUUACAAUUCGAAAAAUUGAAAACUGUUAACAUUAGCCAAGACAUGAUCUUCCCAUUUCUUUAAUUAUGGCCCAGUGGACUUGUGGUUUGGGAUGUUGACUAAGAAUCGGGAGGUCCUGGGUUCAAAUCCCUGACAGGUCUAUAUGUUGUGCCUUUGGGAAAGGCAUUUUGCACCAUUUUCCUCACAUGACUGAGGUGGAAAUGAGUACCUAGCUUUAGCUAGCUUUGACUAGAGACAUAGGAUGGGAGGUUAAAUGAAGGUCCUGUGUUUGAGAGGAGCCACAUCAAAGAACCCACCAUAUUA